AUGUAUCUGACAUCAUCAUUCGAUUUUUGCAUGCGUUAUCUAACCAAAAAUACUUUUACAGGUUGUUCGUCUCAUCCAUCAGGUAAUCGUGGCCGAUUGAUUGAUAUAUCAUCAAUACAUGAUUUGACAUUACACCAACACUCACAGCCUAUCGUUAUUCUUGUACUACCUCGAAAAGAUGUUCUUGAAUAUGCGAUACAUUCGGCAUCGAUGGUCGUGGGUAUACUGAUCGAUGGCGGAAAUAAUCCAUUAGCAGAGGAUGGGUUUACAGAAGUAGGUACAUGUCCUGAUGAUUACAUUGAACCAUUGAAAACAAGCAAUUGUUCAAUUCGAAAGAAUAAAUAUGGUAUCGAUUUUCGUGAAAUUAAGAUCGAGAAACCGAUUUUUUUAUUGGCUAAUCAAACUUUCAUCAAUGAAUUAAGAAGAUUGUAUCAAUUAUAUAAUCAACAACAAGUAUCACAAGGACAAGAUGUUCAUGUACAUAUGAAAUCAUAUGCAUACGGUGUGGAAAAUGCUCAUAUUUGUGAUCGACGAUCGAAAACGAAUUAUUUCGGCGAGGCUUAUUUUAAACACUAUUCCAUCAAAUGUCGAAGUCCAAUGAUAAAUAUUAUCUGGAGCACAUUCAACGCAGUAUCUCUCAAAAACACUCGCCCGAUAAAGUCAGUCAUUGUUUUCUAUACCAAAUUCGAUUUCUUCUCUAUUUUUCAACCAAAAAAUGCCGGUGCUCAAUCUACAGCAUUGGGUGUAAUCACUCUGUUAGGUUUAGCUUGGACACUAGGUCGAAUUAAUCUCACCCAAUUACUGAUAGCUGAUGAACAGCACAAAGAUGUUCUUUUCCUAUUUCUAAAUGGAGACAAUUGGAAUUACUACGGUGCAUCGGAAGUAAACAUACUUAUUCGUAAAGGAAAAUUUCCUUAUAUUGUCAAGAACAUUUCGAACGAAAACAAUCUUCAGCCAAUUAGACCUGAACAUAUCGACAUUCUUAUCAAUAUCGAUCAAUUAGGUUUCGAUCCUACGAAUACGUACAUUCUCUACAACAAUCUUCAUCCGUUUCUGAAUAAAUUCAAAGAUGCAUCAAGUUCAGUCACUCUCAAACAAUUACCAUCUCAUCCAGAUUCUCUUGCUGAUUUUCAGCCAUUAAAUCUUAGUAGUAUGGCAAUUCUAACCGAUGCUUAUGAAAAUAUGAAUCCAUACUAUAAUAGCUAUCGAGAUACAUUAGCACAUUUAGCAAGUUUUUCGUUUAUUGAACCACAUAUUUAUGCUCUAUUGAAAGCCAUAUGUGAUUAUUUCAAACUUUCCAAUUGUCCCACUGAACUAUCAACUGAAAUGAAGCAAGGGUUAUCAGAUCGAAUUCAAGCAUUAGUCAAUUGUUUUCUUCAAUCAAAUUGUUCAAAUCUGAUUAGACAAACAGCAGAAACGGGUGAUUUCUAUUUCAAGGAAGUAUCAGAUCAAAUGAAAGAAAGUUUCUCCUUCUUACAACCGAAUCUUCAUGAAUCUGAAGUGAAAUCUUAUUUGAAUACUCAUUUUCUCGACGCUUCAUCCUAUAUUCAUGACAUAUUAUUGAAUUGGAUAGCCAUACGAACAACCAAUACAACAAAACUUGCAUGUGAAGAGCCCGAGGAUAAUUAUCGAUGGAAAAUCUAUCAAGAAUCAACCGAAACAUGUUUACGCGCCUCAAUCAAUUCAAUUAAUCUAAUACGACAUACAAACGAUCAGAUUGAUGAGCGCGUCAUUUUCACAUCGAAUUACGAUCCUCCCGAAUUACUUGUUUAUAUGACAAGUGAUACGAUACGAGACAUAAUCAUGCUUGUGUGUGGCCUCACACUUUCACUGUGUGGAUUUCUGUUAAUGUACUUUCUAAAACAGUUACUACCGCCAAUGUUGAACAGAGAAUGA